AUGAGCCUUUCAUUCUGUGGUAACAAUAUUUCUUCAUAUAAUAUCUACGAUGGUGUGUUGCAAAAUCCCUGUUUUGUGGAUGCCCUCAACUUGGUCCCUCACGUCUUCCUGUUGUUUAUCACUUUUCCAAUAUUGUUUAUUGGGUGGGGGAGUCAAAGCUCAAAAGUACAAAUUCAUCACAAUACGUGGCUUCAUUUUCCUGGACACAACCUGAGAUGGAUUCUUACGUUUGCCCUCCUAUUUGUGCAUGUGUGUGAAAUAGCAGAAGGCAUCGUUUCAGAUUCACGGCGCGAGUCGCGGCAUCUCCACCUCUUCAUGCCAGCCGUGAUGGGAUUUGUUGCCACUACAACAUCAAUAGUAUAUUAUCAUAAUAUUGAAACAUCAAAUUUUCCUAAAUUACUUUUAGCCUUAUUCCUGUAUUGGGUAAUGGCCUUUAUCACGAAAACCAUAAAGUUGGUCAAAUACUGGCAGUCUGGUUGGGGAGUAUCAGACCUGCGUUUCUGCAUCACAGGCAUAAUGGUCAUCUUGAAUGGACUCCUGAUGGCUGUGGAGAUCAAUGUCAUUCGUGUCAGAAGAUAUGUGUUCUUCAUGAAUCCUCAGAAAGUAAAGCCUCCUGAAGACCUCCAGGAUCUGGGUGUGAGAUUUCUUCAACCGUUUGUGAAUUUACUGUCAAAAGCAACAUACUGGUGGAUGAACACGCUCAUCAUAUCCGCUCAUAAAAAGCCUAUUGAUCUGAAGGCGAUUGGAAAAUUACCAAUAGCAAUGAGGGCGGUGACAAAUUAUGUUUGUUUGAAAGAUGCAUAUGAAGAACAAAAGAAAAAAGUGGCCGAUCGUCCAAAUCGGACUCCAUCUAUAUGGCUAGCAAUGUACACAGCUUUUGGGAGACCAAUUCUACUUAGUAGCACAUUUCGUUAUCUUGCUGACUUACUGGGUUUUGCUGGACCUCUCUGUAUUUCUGGAAUAGUUCAACGUGUGAAUGAAACCCAGAAUGGGACAAAUAACACAACAGGGACUUCAGAAACCCUCUCAUCAAAGGAAUUUCUUGAAAAUGCCUAUGUUCUAGCAGUUCUUCUGUUCUUGGCUCUUAUUCUGCAAAGGACAUUUUUGCAGGCUUCCUACUAUGUAACCAUAGAGACUGGCAUUAAUCUCCGUGGAGCCCUGCUGGCCAUGAUAUACAAUAAAAUCCUGAGGCUUUCUACAUCUAAUUUAUCCAUGGGUGAGAUGACCCUGGGUCAGAUCAAUAACUUGGUUGCCAUUGAAACCAAUCAACUCAUGUGGUUCUUGUUCCUGUGUCCCAAUCUAUGGGCUAUGCCUGUUCAGAUCAUAAUGGGCGUGAUUCUGCUCUACAAUUUGCUUGGGUCCAGCGCGUUGGUUGGUGCUGCUGUCAUUGUGCUCCUUGCGCCAAUUCAGUACUUCAUUGCUACAAAGUUGGCAGAGGCUCAGAAGAGCACUCUUGAUUAUUCCACUGAGAGACUGAAGAAAACAAAUGAAAUACUGAAAGGCAUCAAACUUCUAAAGUUGUACGCCUGGGAGCACAUCUUUUGCAAGAGUGUGGAAGAAACAAGAAUGAAAGAACUAUCCAGUCUCAAAACCUUUGCUCUUUAUACAUCACUCUCCAUCUUCAUGAAUGCGGCAAUUCCCAUAGCAGCUGUUCUUGCUACAUUUGUGACGCAUGCGUAUGCCAGCGGGAACAAUCUCAAACCUGCGGAGGCCUUUGCUUCACUGUCUCUCUUCCACAUCCUGGUCACCCCUCUCUUCUUGCUCUCCACUGUGGUGAGGUUUGCCGUCAAAGCCAUCAUCAGUGUUCAAAAGCUGAAUGAGUUUCUCUUGAGUGAUGAGAUUGGUGAGGACAGCUGGCUGACUGGGGAAGGCUCUCUUCCAUUUGAAUCCUGUAAGAAGCACACUGGAGCCCAGCCAAAAACUAUAAACAGGAAGCAGCCUGGAAGGUAUCACCUGGACAGCUACGAGCAAUCAACACGACGUCUGCGUCCCAUGGAGACCGAGGAUAUUGCAAUAAAGGUCACAAAUGGGUACUUUUCAUGGGGCAGUGGUUUAGCUACCUUAUCUAAUAUAAAUAUUCGAAUUCCAACAGGUCAGUUAACCAUGAUUGUGGGCCAGGUGGGAUGUGGGAAGUCCUCUCUUCUCCUUGCCAUCCUUGGUGAGAUGCAGACAGUGGAAGGAAAAGUUCACUGGAGCAAUGUAAAUGAAUCUGAACCUUCUUUUGAAGCAACCAGAAGUAGGAACAGGUAUUCUGUGGCUUACGCAGCUCAAAAGCCUUGGCUAUUAAAUGCUACAGUGGAAGAAAAUAUUACCUUUGGAAGUCCUUUCAACAAACAGAGGUACAAAGCUGUCACAGAUGCCUGUUCUCUUCAGCCGGAUAUUGACUUACUACCAUUCGGAGACCAAACUGAAAUUGGAGAGAGGGGCAUCAACUUGAGUGGGGGUCAGAGGCAAAGAAUCUGUGUGGCCCGAGCUCUCUAUCAAAAUACCAACAUUGUCUUCUUGGAUGAUCCAUUUUCUGCCUUGGACAUUCACUUGAGUGAUCACUUAAUGCAGGAAGGGAUUUUGAAAUUUCUCCAAGAUGACAAGAGGACACUUGUUCUUGUGACUCACAAAUUACAAUAUCUAACACAUGCUGACUGGAUCAUAGCCAUGAAAGAUGGAAGUGUUCUAAGAGAAGGAACUUUGAAGGACAUUCAAACCAAAGAUGUUGAGCUUUAUGAACACUGGAAAACACUUAUGAAUCGGCAAGAUCAAGAACUAGAAAAGGAUAUGGAAGCUGACCAAACAACUUUAGAGAGGAAAACACUCCGAAGAGCCAUGUAUUCAAGAGAGGCAAAAGCCCAACUGGAGGAUGAAGAUGAAGAGGAAGAAGAGGAGGAAGAGGAGGAUGAUAACAUGUCCACUGUAAUGAGGCUGAGGACUAAAAUGCCAUGGAAGACCUGUUGGCGGUACCUCACUUCUGGAGGAUUCUUCUUGCUCUUCCUGAUGGUUUUCUCUAAGCUUUUGAAGCAUUCCGUCAUUGUAGCUAUAGACUACUGGCUGGCCACAUGGACCUCAGAGUACAGUAUAAACAAUACUGGAAAAGCUGAUCAGACCUACUAUGUGGCUGGAUUUAGCAUACUUUGUGGAGCAGGUAUUUUCCUCUGCCUUGUUACAUCUCUCACUGUGGAAUGGAUGGGUGUCACAGCUGCCAAAAAUCUUCACCACAAUCUCCUCAAUAAGAUCAUUCUUGGACCAAUAAGAUUCUUUGAUACCACACCACUGGGACUGAUUCUCAAUCGCUUUUCAGCUGAUACAAAUAUCAUUGAUCAGCAUAUCCCUCCAACUUUGGAAUCUCUAACUCGCUCGACGCUGCUUUGCGUGUCUGCCAUUGGCAUGAUUUCUUAUGCUACCCCUGUGUUCCUGGUUGCACUUGUGCCUCUUGGGGUCGCCUUUUAUUUUAUCCAGAAAUACUUCCGAGUGGCCUCUAAGGAUCUCCAGGAACUUGAUGAUACUACCCAGCUCCCUCUGCUUUGCCACUUCUCAGAAACCGCUGAAGGACUCACCACUAUUCGGGCAUUUAGGCAUGAAACCAGAUUUAAGCAACGAAUGCUGGAACUGACAGACACGAACAACAUUGCCUACUUAUUUCUCUCAGCUGCCAACAGAUGGCUAGAGGUCAGAACGGAUUAUCUGGGAGCUUGCAUUGUUCUCACUGCAUCAAUUGCAUCCAUUAGUGGGUCUUCCAAUUCUGGAUUGGUGGGCUUAGGUCUUCUCUAUGCACUUACGAUAACCAAUUAUUUGAAUUGGGUUGUGAGGAACUUGGCCGAUGUGGAGGUCCAGAUGGGGGCAGUGAAGAAAGUGAACAGUUUCUUGACUAUGGAGUCUGAGAACUAUGAAGGCACCAUCGAUCCUUCUCAAGUUCCAGAACACUGGCCUCAGGAAGGGGAGAUCAAGAUUCAUGAUCUGUGUGUCAGAUAUGAAAAUAAUCUGAAGCCUGUUCUUAAACACGUCAAGGCUUACAUCAAACCUGGGCAAAAGGUGGGCAUAUGUGGUCGCACUGGCAGUGGAAAGUCAUCGUUAUCUCUGGCUUUCUUCAGAAUGGUUGAUAUAUUUGAUGGAAAGAUUGUCAUUGAUGGGAUAGACAUUUCAAAACUGCCGCUGCACACACUACGUUCUAGACUUUCAAUCAUUCUGCAGGAUCCGAUCCUGUUCAGCGGUUCUAUUCGAUUUAAUUUAGAUCCGGAGUGCAAAUGCACGGAUGACAGACUUUGGGAAGCUCUAGAAAUUGCUCAAUUGAAGAAUAUGGUCAAAUCCCUACCAGGAGGUCUAGAUGCAGUUGUCACUGAAGGUGGGGAGAAUUUUAGCGUUGGACAGAGACAGCUGUUCUGCCUCGCCAGGGCCUUUGUUCGCAAGAGCAGUAUUCUCAUCAUGGACGAGGCGACAGCUUCCAUCGACAUGGCCACAGAAAACAUUUUGCAGAAAGUGGUAAUGACAGCUUUUGCAGACCGCACCGUUGUUACAAUAGCUCAUCGGGUUCACACUAUUCUGACAGCAGACCUAGUUAUUGUGAUGAAGCGAGGAAAUAUUUUAGAAUAUGACACUCCAGAAAGCCUCUUGGCCCAGGAAGAUGGAGUAUUUGCUUCUUUUGUUCGCGCAGACAUGUGA